AUGGCUGACGCGAUCAUCUCCAUGCUACUGGAUCGGCUGUCUUCAACAAUUUACGAGUACAUUGAUGGAGAGGUGAAACUUGUUUUGGACGCCAAAAAAGAUGUUGAAGAAUUUGCUGGCAAUCUCAGAGCUAUUCAAGCCGUUCUCGAAGAUGCAGAGCAAAGGCAGGUCAAGGACGGCAGCGUGAGGAUCUGGUUAGAUCAGCUCAAAGACAUAUCCUUGCAGAUGGUGGAUGUGCUGGACGAGUGGAACACUGACAUGCUGAGACAACAGGUUGAGAAGCAAGAACGAAAAGGUGAAAAUGCUCAUGUUCCUGAGAAGAAGAAGAAGAAGGUAACUUUCUCUGUUUUCUCUAGCUGCUUUUGUUUUCGCAAAACCAAAGAGGUGAUUUUUCGCCGUGACAUUGCGAGUAAGAUAAAAGAUCUGAAUGGUAAACUAAGUAGGAUCAAUGAGCAAAGACAAAGGUAUGGGUUUCAACACACAGAAAGAGGCAUUCAAGAAUUACCUGAACGACAGAAGACUUCGUCUUUUGUCGUUGUGUCAGAGGUAUUUGGUCGAGAAAAGGAAAAAGACAUUCUGAUAACAAAGUUGUUGAGUAAUGGUAGAGAAGAUCGAAGGGGGCUCCUUAUCAUCCCUAUUCUAGGGAUGGGAGGAAUGGGAAAAACAACUCUAGCCCAACUUGUUUAUAAUGAUGACAAGGUUAAAGCCUAUUUUGAAAAGAGAGUGUGGGUUUGUGUCUCAGAUCCUUUUGAUGAGAUUAAGAUUGCCAAAGCUAUAUGCGGUGAUAAUGCCCCAAACUCAAAUGAGUUAGAUGAUGCCUUGCAAUAUAUGUCAACAUCCCUCGAGGGCAAAAGGUUUCUCCUUGUCCUAGAUGAUGUGUGGACCCACGAUUGUAAAAAGUGGGAAAAUUUAAGGGCACCACUAAUUCAGCAUGGUGCUCAUGGCAGUAGAAUAUUGGUGACCACACGAAAGCAUGAGGUCGUUGAUAUGAUGAGAGCAGAAAAUGAAAUGAUCAAUUUGGGAGAGUUGCGUGAAGAAUAUUGUUUAUCAAUCUUCAAUCACAUGGCAUUUGCUAAUACAGAAGUAGAUGAGUCCAAGGCGUUUGAAGAUAUUAGUAAGGAUAUUGUGAAGAAAUGCAAGGGCUUACCUCUUGCUGCAAAAGCUUUAGGUGGUCUCAUGUACAAUAAGAAAACACGGAGGGAAUGGCUAGAUGUCUUGAAUAGUAAGAUAUGGGAUCGAGAAGAGGUGGAGCAAGAAGUUUUUCAACCACUUUUUCUAAGUUAUUAUGAUUUGGCCCCAGCAGUCAAAUGUUGCCUUUUGUAUUGUGCUUGUUUUCCUAAAGAUCAUGAGUUUGAGAGGGUUAAGUUGAUUAAUCUUUGGAUGGCACAAGAUUAUCUUAAUUCCAAAGGAAAUAAAGAUGAGGGAGAAGUUGGUCAAGCAUUUUUUGAUAACUUAGUAGCACGGUCUUUUUUUCAAGAUUUGGAGAAAGAUGAUGUUAGUGGUAAAAUUAUAGGUUGCAAAAUGCAUGACAUCGUUCAUGACUUUGUGCAAUCUCUCACCAAGAACGAAUGUUUGAUCAUCGAUGCUAAGGGUGUUGACAAUGAAAUUGAGGUUUUGGGUGAAAAGGUUCGUCAUUUGACCUUAAAGUCGGAACAUGCUGAGUCUCUCCCACCUUCUAAUGCAUAUUACAAUUGCAAAAACCUACGUUCACUCACAUUUUUGGAUUCAUUGAUUGCUGAGAUAGACUCAAAUUUUAUUCUACAACUGAAAUGUCUUAGGACAUUAAAUUUGAGUUACUGUGGCAUAAGUGAAGUCCCAAAGGAAAUUGGUGAAUUGAUACAUUUGAGGCAUAUUGAUUUGUCAUGGAAUGCUGGUUUGGGGAUAUUGCCGGACAGUAUCUGUGAGUUGUACAAUUUGUAUACCUUGAGCCUCAUUGGUUGCUGGUCACUUGAAAAACUACCUGAUAACAUGGGAAAGUUGAUUAGCUUAAAGCACCUGUAUGUUGGGUUCUGUGAUAAGCUGGAGUUCUUGCCAAAAGGAAUUCUCAGAUUAAAAAAAUUGAAAAGAAUUGAUGAGUGUGUUGUGGUUUGGGGUGAGGAUGAAGACAGAGCAGCAUUACAAGUGGGAGAUCUGAGAGUCUUGAACCUUGAGGGCAGUCUCACCAUAAAAUUGAAGGGGAAUGUGAAUGACGAGAGGGAGCUUGAGAAGGCACAGUUGUGGGACCUGAAGCAAUUGUUUCAUCUUGAAAUUUACUCUAAGGAUGUCUUUUACAAGCAGACAAAGAGCACAAUAGAAAUACUAAAUGCUUUACGACCGCACGAGAAUCUGGAAUCCUUACGUAUUUCUUAUCAUUCAGGCACCACCUGCCCCAAUUGGAUGAUGUCUUUGCGCAACUUAAGAAUCAUCUUUCUAUAUCAAUGGAGUGAAUGCAAGUUUUUGCCUCCUCUUGGGAAAUUGCCCUACCUUGAAAAGCUGACUUUGUGGAGUAUGGAGAAGGUGGAAAAGAUUGGUGGUGAAUUUUUGGGAAUAGUUGACUCAGAUGAAACGUCCUCGACAUCAUCAUCAUCCACCUCAUUUUUUCCAAAGUUGAAAGAAUUCACAAUUGUGGACAUGUUAGCGUUGGAGGAGUGGGAAGUAGGCGUGGAAGGGUGGAACAAAGAGGAUUCAGAAAUUUCAAUCAUGCCAUGCCUUUCCUCCUUAGAAAUUUGGGACUGUCAAGGCAUAAAAACACUGCCAGACUUCCUCUGCAAAACACCACUGCAGGAUUUUACAAUUGAGAAUUGUCCCAUGCUUUCAGAGCGCUGUAAACAAGACAGUGGAGAGGAGUGGCCCAAGAUUUCUCACAUCCGAAACAUCAAAAUCUCAUAAUACAGAUACGAGUAAUGUGGAUCAACUGGUGAUUUGCGAGCUAGGCAUACAUAUUAAUCUUCUUUUAAAAGAAAAUAGUAAGACUUGAGCAAAGGUGAGCCAAAUUAAAGAGCGUCAGUUGAGGUCACCUUCAGGUUUCUCAUGAGGGAUUCUGUAGAAGCUAAAAGCGUGAUGUCGACCAUCAACAUACCACUACUGAAGCUUCCCCACAAAUUUUGAUCAUCUUCACCGAAGCCAUGAGAACUUGCAGGCAUUGGAAAGUGAUUCCUCGAAGCAUUCCUCUGCUG